CGCGCCGUGCCUUUGCACACACGCGAAAUCCGUCGUCGCCGCUGGCCGCCGACUUCAGUACCGUUUUCGCCGCCGCCGGGCACGCACUGGUGGUCGUAAGCGCCAAACGCCGUAUUCCCUCUCGCAACACGCGCACCACACGAUAACAUGUUAUUUGACGUUAUACAAUAAUAAUAAUAUAUAAACACACACACGCACAUAUAUAUAUAUAUAUAUAUAUAUAUUUAGUUAGCGAUCUCACGACGAUAAUAAUAUUAUUAUAUUAUCAUUACUAUUAUGAAAUGCUCUCGGCCAACAGCAUCACGUCAUUCGUCACCGCUCUCAUCUGCACACUGUCCUGCAUAGCCGACGCCAACGCCGGUAUCGAUUGUUUCAAGUGCGUUUCACUGGAAUGGCAGAACCGUGCGUGCGACGAUCCGUUCCACAACAAUUUCAGCUCGGGGCUUUUAGAGUCACCGUGCAUGGGUGGGCGGAAAGGCCGCAACGGUUUGUUUCCGGCUACCGCGUGCAUCAAGCUCACCGGUUACUACAAAAGUACCGGACAGCACGUUACGGUUAGAGGAUGUGCAUUGGACAGCGGAACCUUGACCACCGACACAGAAAUUAUUCGGAUGUCACAUUGCGGAGGAUUCUAUUUCGAUGACAAGUAUGUCGACGGUUGUUUGCAGAGUUGCGACGACGCGGACGGUUGCAACCCGGCAUCGCCAGCCAAGUCUCUGGACAUGACACUACUGAUGAUGUUGGUGGUGAUGCCACUCGUCGCCCGUUUUAUACCGCACGAAUGGGCACCGGACGCGUGACGACUGCUCGUGCGCGAAUUUAAUACCACGUCCAUAGGUGUAUAUUUUUUUGGAAAAAAAAAUACUAGCUCGAGGUCAUUCGGGCGCGUUUUCUAACGACGAUGCCGUGAACAGACACGUGAUGAUCAAUUAUUAAACGGGGUGCCUUGUACAUACGUAUACGAUGUAAUAAUAUAACGUCACUGUGAACAUCGAAUUUUCACCCCACUCCUUCCCACUAUCCAAACAACCCCGUACGAUACAAUAUCCCGACAUUAUACUGCCUUCCUCCACUGACCAAAAUACAAGUAAACGGUUGUCGAGUGUUUGUAUUCAACUUGUAACGUGCUUUUCGCGUGAAUUGUUAAUUAUUAUUAUUAUCAUUAUUAUUCAUUAACUAUUAUUAUAGAUUAUUAAUAUUAUAUUGUAACAUUUUAAGUAACAUUACAUAUCCCAGUUGAGCAUAUCUUACUGAUGAAACUAUUUCCAUUUAAAAACACUUAUUAUUAUGUAGAUGA